CUUUCUCCCCCUCCUCCGUCUUCCUGUUUUCUCAAUCCUUGUUUCUUCUCUGGCUGAUCUCAAGAUACUUCUCUGAUCCGGAAAACUUUCUUCCGAAACCUCGUAAGACUUCAGGCUUCAGCUAGUGCAACUCUAUGUGUGACUGUCUUUAUUUCUAGGCUCUUUCUUUGUCUGAAAUUCUCUCACUGCUAAACCUACUCAUCCUACUCUUCACAUUCCAAUCUGUUUUUAUUCUGCAACUCUGCUAUUGUGUUUCCUCUAUUCCGUAGCUUAUAUACACUUAGACAAAAUACUAAUCUAGAAAUCAACAUUACAGACAUGCAGUAAAAGUCUAACAUACCUAUGCCAUGAUGCACAUCCAGAGGAAAAUACAUAGAUAUAUUUAUGAGCAUAGACAUACACAUACAACUACUUACAACUAUGUAGCUUAAAUUUAAGAUCACAACGGUAUGAAUCUAGUCUCACAACAGACUGAAAAAACAAGACUAUACAGACAUAAGUAAAAUAUUCAUUGCAUUGCAGACAAAGGUUUAACAGAUACACAGAUUAGUGUCACACGUAAGACAGACAGAGACAUUUAAAGACAUGCAGUGUAUCAAAGCCCACCCUGUGCCACACAAGAGUUAAUUGAUCUUUAUAUAUCACAGAAUAGUACACGCAUCAAGACACAGAUAUGAGCGAAACAAAACAUGAGAUAGAAUAAGACUGUAUAAAAACUAAAUUGAAGGAGCACUAUUUUUUAUUGAGACACGGUUGCAUAGGGAUCAUGGCAUCUGUAUGCAGUUUCCACAGGCUGUCUAUUUUGCUCCUCUGGUUAGGGACUUUCUUCUGCCAUCUUUCUCUUUCUUUGACACGCGAGCGAUUUAAAGUGGUAUUUGCCCCUGUGGUGUGUAAAAGAACAUGCCACAAGGGAUACUGUCAUGAUGUCUGCAAGCCUGGAAGCAACAUGACACUGAUUGCAGAAAAUGGUGGAUCAGCAGACACUCUCACAGGGUCUGGAUUUAGAGUGGUGGUUUGCCCACAACCCUGUAUGAAUGGAGGCCAGUGCUCUUCAAACAAUCACUGCAUCUGCCCUCCAGAUUAUACUGGUCGCUUUUGCCAAUUGCCUGCAGUGAGCGGAGGAGGGCGGAAUGCAGGAGAGGUGGGCGAAGGUGAGGGGAUGGACCCCUCUUCAGGGAAACAUGCAGUCUACGCUGUGCAAGUGAUUACAGGAGAAGAUGAGCCAGAUGGCAGGGGGGCAAAAAUCAGCCAGUCAGCUCUCACAGUCCCCUUGGGGCCAGGACACACCUCAGCUGAAGUUCAGGUUCUCCCACCUCUUCUAAAUGUCCGAGUCCAUCACCCUCCCAAUGCAUCCAUUCAAGUUCAUCGAAUUGAAGGUCUGGGGCCUGAAGGGACAGCAGUAGGUAGCAGCCAGCAUCUUAUUCCUUACCCUGAAGGAAACAAGGCUUCAGUCCCGUGGCCUAUCACAUACAAACCUUUAGGGCGCUGUUUUCAGGACACUCUUCCCAAGCAAGCAUGUGGCACAAACCCUCUACCAGGACUGACCAAAGAAGAGGAUUGCUGUGGCAGCGUUGGGAUAGCGUGGGGACAGCACAAGUGUCAUAAAUGUCCACAAUUAUCAAAUUCUGGGACUCAGAAAACUGCACCAUUCCGAGGCGAGGCGGGAUCCGACUGCCCCCUGGGGUACAAAAGACUUAACAGCACUCACUGUCAGGAUAUAAAUGAGUGCAGUAUGCAAGGAGUGUGCCAAAACGGAGAAUGCUUGAACACACAGGGUAGCUUCCGAUGUUCAUGUAAACAUGGAUAUAUCUUCAUCUCCUCCAAGAUGCACUGUGCACAAGAGAAGGCUGAGUUAAUGGGUCUCUGCUUCAGACUGGUAGGCCCAGAAGGGCAGUGCCAACAUCCUCUGUCUAAACGAAUGACAAGGCAACUCUGCUGCUGUAGCGUGGGAAAGGCAUGGGGUCCUCAAUGUGAGGCAUGCCCUGUAGAUGGCACAGCAUCAUUUACUGAAAUCUGUCCAGCUGGUAAAGGUUACCACAUAUUGAUGUCUCACCAGACUCUCACAAUCCAGGGUCAGAGUGACUUCACUCUGCACCUUCAUCCCGAAGGAAGUGACACUUUAGCUCCUCCACCAAGAGUUUCAGAACAAGCCUUGCCUUUUAAUGUGGAUGUGGUUCCUACUCAAAAAACAUCGGAAAUGGAUUCUCCUGGAGGGCAAGCAGAGGUCACUCCUGUUAUGCUGCCAACCUAUGGAACAAACUCAGAGGAAAAGUCCAUAGAUUUGAUGAUUCCUGUUUCAACGACACAACAAAUUUCCUAUCCAGAAAUUGUUCUGCAACCCACCACUGUGGCUGUUCGACAAGUGCCUCCUGAAUAUCAUCAGAACAGUGCUGCAGAAAUUGCCCCCAUCCAGGUAACAGCAACUGAUGAGUGUAAACUGACGAGGAACCUGUGUGGCUAUGGAGAAUGCAUAUCUACUCCUACUGGGUAUGAAUGUAGCUGCUACACGGGGUAUCAGCCACACCCGGUGAGCAAGCAUUGUGUAGAUAUUAAUGAGUGUGAAGGUGAUCCUUGUGGUCCUGGAAAGGCUGUAUGUCUUAAUACGGUUGGGUCAUUUAACUGUCACUGUCUCCAUGGAUACAGAUUGCAGGUGAUGCAAGAAAAGCGAUCCUGUGUUGAUAUUAAUGAAUGUCUGCGCUCAGGAGUAUGUGGAGAUCCGCGCAACUGUCUCAAUUUUCCUGGAAACUAUAAAUGUGUGUGUCAGACUGGGUACAAAAUGAGAAGCACAGGCACGCAGAUGUGUGAAGAUAUCAAUGAGUGUUUAUUACCCAAUUUAUGUGUUGGAGGACAGUGUGUAAACACUCCCGGUUCCUACCAUUGUGUGUGUCCUCAAGGCUACAAACUGCACCAGCACAUUUGUCAAGAUGUAGAUGAGUGCUUACACCACCCUGAGUUGUGCUCUCCUCAUGGAACUUGUGAAAAUACAGAGGGGUCAUACAUAUGCACUUGUGACAGUGGAUACAUACCAAGUGAUGACCGGAAGAGAUGUGAGGAGGCACCACGUGGUUUAGAUCUCAGAGAUUGUUUCCUAAGUUUGGAUGACUCUCUAUUCUGCGAUAGUGUUCUUGCUGUCAAUGUUACCCGGGAGCAGUGUUGCUGCUCUCUAGGGGCAGGAUGGGGUGACCAUUGUGAAAUCUAUCCUUGUCCCGUGCACAAUUCAGCUGAAUUCCUGACACUCUGUCCAGAUGGGAUUGGAUUCAUCGUUGACCUUGGCAUUAUGAGUUAUGGACUCCCAACCUACAGAGAUAUUGAUGAGUGUCAACUUUUUGGACAAGAGAUCUGCAAGGAGGGAAAGUGUGUGAAUACCCAGCCCAGUUAUGAAUGCUACUGCAAGCAUGGAUAUUAUUACGAUACUCGGCUGCUUCAGUGCAUGGAUGUCGAUGAAUGUGUAGAUGAAUCAAACUGUGUCAAUGGCCAAUGUAUCAACACUCGAGGCUCCUUCUACUGCCGUUGUCCUCCUCAUAUGCAGUACCACUCAGAGCACAAGAUCUGCAUGCCCAGUGCUGAUUUAGAUCUGGAGAAUUUGGACAUCUGUUGGAAAAUGCGAGGUGCUGAUGGAAUAUGCUCCUAUGCCAUGAAUGGUCCUCAGCUAUCACUGACAGAGUGCUGCUGCCGACUGGGACAGGGCUGGGGACAUAGGUGUCUUUCUUGCCCUCCACAACAUGCUCAAGUUUGUUCCGUCUUCCAAGAAAGGAAUUCAUUUUGGGAGUCCAGCUCUCUCAGUGUGAAAAAGUCCCGGAGGGGUGGAGACAGCUCAGAAGAGAUUUCUGAUGAGUGUCCUUGUGUGAAUGGUCGAUGUGUGAGAAGUCCUCACGGGGUCUCAUGUGAGUGUCAAGCAGGCUUUCAGCUGGACAUUACUCGGACACGCUGCAUCGAUCUGGAUGAGUGCAGACAGAAAAACCCCCGUGGACCACUCUGCAAAAACAGUCGAUGUAUAAACACAACGGGAUCAUUUCGGUGUGUGUGUAAACCUGGGUAUGCUCGAUCUCGACACCCCCAUAUCUGCAUUCCACAGAGGAAAAGAUAGCUGAAUCUACUUGAUUCAAUAUCCAUGUACUCCAUGCCAACACCGCCAGCUGAAAACUACAGAGAUAAACACCAAAGCAGUAGAGAGACUGAUGUAAAAAUGAUUCUAUGAGAUAAAAAAGUAGAGUAAAUGUAAAAGACCGAUACACCUGACAACUGAAACAAGAUAAAAACGGUGAAGGACAUUUUGAAGAGAUAUAGACCCAGAGUAGUCAAGUUCCAACAUAAUAUUCCUGCCAGAGUUUACAUGUGCUGUCUUUUAAGUUCUCACUGUAACACUACUAGGUGAUCAGACAUACAGAAAAAUAAGGUGAAAAAAGAAAGCAAUAACAAAUACAUGUUGUAUUGUAUAAAUCAUUAAGAUUCCAUUGCACUGUGUGAGAUCUAAGGCUCAUUUAAUCAGGGCUAAAGCUCACUUUGCAUCAUGUUUCUUUAAAGGAAAUCAUUCUGCAAUCAUUUAUUUUUCCCCUGUGGAGUCAAGCACAUAGUGUUGUGACUGAUGUUUGUUUACCUAUAGGACACAUUAUUUGGAGUUAUUUUGGAGUUGUCUUUAUACAUGACAUGUGUAUAUAUAAAACAUGUAGACAUAUUUAAGCACUAAUGUAUGUGUUAUAUAUAUUGUAUGUGUCUAUAUACUGCAUAUGCAAACAGUAAUAUGUAUAUAUAUAUAUAUAUAUAUAUAUAUAUAUAUUCACACAUUAUACAGUAGGUGCUGUAUGUGUGUGCUACAUAGAUACCUGCAUAAAAUAACCAAUUGGCCCAUGUACCCUUUAUAACAAUUAAAUUUUCCUUAGUUCUUUAGAAUGGAUGUAUGCACUUUAAAAGCUUUUUUUUAUCCUUUACUGAUAUUACACAUACAUGCUUCUUUAUAUUGUAUUUAUGUGGUUUUUUAGUAAAUAAAAAAAUCUCUUUUGUAUCACAA